GUCGGGGUCAGGGGCAGCAGAGCGGAGCUGGGCAUCAAGCGAGCGCAAGUGCAGAAUGAGGUCAGCAACACCGCGGAAACGAGGGAGGUCGGGGAAAAGGAAAGGGCAGCACAAGAACGACCGAGGGACGCAGUGGUCGGGGUGGAGUACCGUUUGACUACCGCGUCGAAAAGGCUCUUGGCUGUCACCUCCAGUUCGAAGUGA